AUGCAGUCACUCUUUACUCUUUUGGCCGCUGCGCUGGCUACCUCUGUCACUUCCAAUCCUCUGGGCGUCAGCAACUAUGGCCACGUCCAGGCCCGGCAGGAUGAUGGCACGACUGAGAAUGAAUUCUACGAUGGCGGUUGCCGCGAUGUCAUUCUUUUCUUUGCCCGUGGCACCGACCAAUCAGGGAACAUUGGAGAAAUGCCCGGUGUUGACUUGGUCGCACAACUCAAGACGGCGUUAGGCGACGAUGUUGUCGCGGCCCAAGGCGUCAACUAUCCCGCUGCCCUCCUGGAUAACCUUCUGGAAGGCGGUACCAAUCUGGCCUAUGCCACGGACCUCGGCAACAACAUCACCGAAGCUGCCUCGCAGUGCCCAGAUGCGCAGUUCAUCGUCUCAGGGUACAGCCAGGGCGCAGCCAUUGUCCACGGCGCCAUUCCCGACCUCUCCGACGCCGUGAAGGCGCAGAUUGCUGCGGCCGUCACGUUUGGUGACACCCGGGCCGAGCAGGAUGACGACCAGAUUCCCGACUUUGACACGUCAAAGACGUUGAUCAUUUGCAAUGAUGGGGAUUUGGUUUGUAAUGGAACUCUGAUUAUCACAUCAGCUCACACAGAGUACAAUGACAGAGUACCGGAGGCUGUGACAUUUAUUCAAAGCAAGGUUGCUUAA